AUGAGCAAAGAUAAUAAAGAAUCAGAUGUUGUUCAAGAGAAAGCACAUUUAGCUAAAGUGAUAUCAGUUCAUAAAAGAUCAGGAGCUGGAGGUGGUAUUAAUCAAUGUAAAGUUGAGUUAGUUGUUAGUGGUAAACAGUUACAAAGAGCAAUUACAGGACCAGUUAAAGCUGGACAUUAUCUUUACUUAAAUGAGUGUGUCAGAGAAAUUAGAAUUUUUGGUAAGAAAAAUAAGAAAAAUGUUAAGUAA